AGUCGGCCUAUUUUGUCCUUGGCAAUCGGCUUUUUAUCAGCAGCCGGGUCUGGCUCCCUCCAGUUUUCGGACGUCUUCGUUACCCCGUGGGAAACCCCGGAUUUCACAGACUCGGAUCUGCUAGAUGAUUUUCGUUUUCGUGGACUAUAAAACCUCAAAACAUGCUCGGGGGCUCCCACAAUCUUUCCGUCGAUCGUCCCCGUGGAAUGUGCUAAUACUUGCCUCCUUGCCUGUGCCCAAGAAUCUCUGCGAAGAAGAUGACUCACGUUCUUGAUAUGCUUGGAAUCCGGGGAGAAUGGAGGGCAAUCGCAAUCAGCUUGUUCAUCACGAUUGCUGCUUUUCAGUUUGGAUUCGACUCUUCCUACUAUUCUGGUAUCCUCGAUAUGGAUCCCUUCAUCAAAGCUUAUGGACACUACGACAGCGCGACCGGUGGCUAUGUCCUCAGUUCCAGCAUUCAGUCACUUACCACUAGCAUUAUCAACGUCGGGGAGCUUGUCGGCGCUGUCUCCUCCUACCUGGUAGACGAUCGCAUUGGACGUCGAGGAGGGCUCUUUGUGUCUAGUGCCUUUGUUACUGCCGGUGUGAUCUUCCAGGUUGCUGCUGAUAACCUCGCCUUGUUGAUCGUUGGAAGGCUGUUAAUGGGCUACGCGGUGGGACUGAUUUCGUGCCUGGUCCCCUUGUACGUUGCCGAUUGUGCACCUACCCGCUUUCGUGGAGCAUUGGUCUCCGUAUACCAGUUUGAUGUUGGGCUUGGACUGUUGUUCGGUGUGAUUGUGGACUAUGCUACCAAGGAUCGAACAGAUAGUGGUUCCUAUCGGAUUCCGAUGGCAGUUCAACUUGUCUUCCCAAUCAUUCUAGUUCCCGGCCUCAUAUUGUUUUGCCCCGAAUCCCCUCGCUGGCUCUUGUCGAAGGGGAGGACGGAGCAAGCACGAGCAGCCCUUCGACGACUGUACGGUGAUCGACCGGACUUUAUCGAGAGCGAGAUAGUAUAUAUCACAAGUAUGGUUGAGGAAGAGCAGCGAAACGAUAGUUCUUGGGGAGACCUGUUCAAGUGGAAGGUAGAUGGACGGAAGACCUAUCUCGGAUGCUCCAUUCAGGCAUUUCAACAGGCCUCAGGCAUCAACUUUAUAACCAGCUACGGGAUUGUCUUCUUUUCGCAAAUUGGGAUUACCAACUCUUUCCUCAUUCAGAUGGGCCUGUACCUUACGCCGAUGCCUGCGGUUUGGCUGAAUCAGUACUGUGUUGAGCGCUUCGGUCGACGGGUGAUGCUGCUCGUUUCCUGCUCUUUGGUGUGUGUGGUCUUGUUCGUCGUCGGUGGGGCGGGAACGGCCACGGACAAGACCAUGAGCUUAGACCAAGUCAUCGUAGCAAUGGUCUACAUCUUCAUGGUCGUGUUCAAUCUUGCCCUGGGACCCGCCGUGUGGGUGGUCACGUCGGAGAUCUCGACCGGCCCCAACCGCAGCAAACUCAUGGCCACCUCGACUGGUACCAACUGGUUCUUCAGCUGGGUAGUCACAUUCACCUUUCCGUACUUGUUCAAUGCGGAUGGAGCCAAUCUCAGCGCCCGGGUGGGUUUCAUCUACGGUGGCCUGAUGUUUGGCGCAGCAGUGUGGAUUUACUUUUUCUUGCCGGAGACGGCCGGGCGAUCCCUGGAGGACAUCCAAGUGAUGUUCGAAAAUGGAGUUCCAGCGCGCAAAUUCAAAUCAUAUGAGAUUCCUCAGACAACGCGCCUUGCUGUCCUAGAGGAUGAGAAAGAAGUCCGGGCUACAGAAAUGGAGAGUGUAUGAGCAGGGAGUAAGUUUGCCUGUACGAGUAUGACUUGUCAAGGUCAGCUUCGAGUCUGCACAAGGGGGUGCCGGCUACACGAUUUCCGACAGCCUCAGGCGGGAAAGUACUCGACACAGGUCUCCUGGACCAGCACUUACGAGACAGUUCGCCAAGCAGAAGUCAGACAAAUC